UACUUAAGGGUAUUAAAGGAAAAAGUGGUACAAAAUAUAAAUUAGCCUAAUGGGACAAUGUUAUCAUUUUUUUGUCUAAAAAAACAAUUUUCCCUAAAAUAAAAGGGUCUUUUGGAAACCCAAACUGAAUUACAUAUAUAUUAAGAACAUUGAUUUGAGCAAAUUGAAUACUGACGUUUUAAUUAAAAAAUUAACAUGGAAUUAGACGUUUGGGUCAGUAUCAUUUCUAUUAAUAACAAGAGUCAAAUAAUUAAAUAACAAUAACAAUAUCUAAGCCUUUUACUGAAUUUUAUUUAUAAACUCAAAAAUAUAAAUUUUCGUUAUCCAUAAAGUUAUUAAAAAAAUUCUUCAAAGCAAAAAAAAAAACAUUAUUUUGUUGUGACCAUCAUGAGAACAGACGUGAAAAAGGAAACUUUAUAAUCAGAUUUUAUUAAAGAAAAAGUCAACUAAAAGAAGUGGAGUCGAUCUAGGGCCUAGGGGAGGUGUUGUGUUCCUCGCAGUCAAAACCUCUCCAAGUAGAAAACUCUUCAGACAUUAUUUAUAACAAAGAGAUAUAGACAAAGACUUCGAUAGUUCUCAGUUUGUGUAUCCACGAACUCUUCCAAAUAAUUUUUAAAACAUACAAAAGCCAAAACACAUUAUUUAGGGCAACUCGACGGAAGAUGCCGGAGUUAAGAGUGUUAUCGGCGUUAGAUGCGGCGAGGUUACAAUGGUACCAUUUCAAGGCGAUAAUGAUCGCCGGAUUAGGUCUCUUCACCGACGCUUACGAUCUCUUCUGCAUAGCUCCCAUCAUGAAAAUGAUCAGCCAAAUCUAUUACCACAAAGAUUCCAUCGGAACCGCCGUUCUCUCCAUCUCUUACGUCAUCGCACUCUUCGGCACCGCCUUAGGACAGCUCAUCUUCGGCUACUUAGGCGACCGUGUCGGGCGCCGAAAAGUAUACGGUCUCUGUCUCUUAAUCAUGGUGUUCAGCUCCUUUGGCUGCGGUUUCUCCGUCUGCACCACUCGCCGUUCUUGCGUCAUGGCGAGUUUAGCAUUCUUUAGAUUCGUUCUCGGGCUAGGGAUCGGUGGAGACUACCCUCUCUCCGCCACGAUCAUGUCGGAGUUCGCUAAUAAAAAGACUCGUGGGGCUUUUAUCGCCGCCGUGUUUUCGAUGCAGGGGUUGGGAAUCUUGAUGAGCUCAGCCGUGACGAUGGCUGUGUGCGAGGCGUUUAAGAUGGCCGGAGAGGGGAGUUUAGAGAAAAUGGAGGCGGCUGGUGUGGAGACUUUGGCUCCGGCGGAGUCGGAUAUUGCUUGGAGGUUGAUUCUGAUGAUCGGUGCUAUUCCCGCCGCGCUAACGUUUUACUGGCGAAUGCUCAUGCCUGAAACUGCCAGAUACACAGCACUAGUUGAGAACAACGCAAGACAAGCAGCAAAAGACAUGCAAAAAGUCAUGUCCGUAUCCAUGUCUCAAGUAGCCGAAGAUACAUUAUCGGAGACACUAGAACUACCACCAUCUACUUCUUCCUCCUACAAACUUUUCUCCCGCCGUUUCUUCAGCCUCCACGGCCGUGACCUCUUCGCAGCCUCAGCCAAUUGGUUCCUAGUGGAUGUCGUCUUCUACACAAGCAACCUCCUCCUCUCUCAAAUCUUCAGUUUCUCCAACAAACCUCUCAACUCCACAAACGUCUACGACUCUGCCUUCGAGGUGGCUAAGCUAGCAGCCAUCGUAGCCGCUUGCUCCACCAUCCCCGGCUACUGGUUCACCGUCUACUUCAUCGAUAGAAUCGGUCGUGUCAAAAUUCAGCUUAUGGGGUUUUUCUGUAUGGCCGUUGUUUACCUGGUUGCUGGGGUACCGUACAGUUGGUAUUGGUCUAAGCAUGAGAAGACUAAUAAAGGCUUUAUGGUUCUCUAUGGACUGAUCUUCUUCUUUAGCAAUUUUGGGCCUAACACGACGACCUUUAUUAUCCCGGCCGAGCUUUUCCCGGCUAGGUUUAGGUCAACUUGUCACGGGAUAUCCGGAGCUGCCGGGAAGUUUGGGGCCAUUGUCGGGACGGUUGGUUUCUUGUGGGCUACGCAGCAUGAAGAAGAGGACAAAGGAGAAGUUUUUCCAGAUGCGAGACGCGUGAGGAUAGCGUUUUUAAUCCUUGGUGCAGUUUGUAUCGCUGGAGUCUUUGUGACGUACUUCUACACUCGUGAAACUAUGGGAAGGUCGUUAGAAGAGAACGAAGAGGACGAGAUUGAUUCCACAUGUGCAUCUUCUGGUAAUGAGGUAUUCCCUAUAGAAUAGUGAUUUUGAUAUCACAACACAAUCAAUCCUCUUUUGAUUGUCCUCUUCUAAUUUAACUCUGAAUUUCCUUGGUUUUGAUGUUUGAUAUACGUUAAGUUUUUUUUUGUUCUCGUGUUUAAUUGACUUCUUUUUUUAUUUGUUUUCUACUAUUUAAAUCCGUGCAUUUAGAACGGUAUAUGGAUGUCAAAGCUUGGUCAGCUUGACACUAAACAUGAUUGAAUAUCACUCACUUUUGGUUGGGAAAGAAGCCACCUGGUUGCUUUCACAUAAACCUUAUGGCUUACCAUUGUACCUCUUCAUCCUGAUGAAACUUUUUCUCCCCAUUUUGAUCCCCUAGACUUCUUCACUAUGACGUAAUCCAUGUCCUUUUUGGAUAAACUAUACUUAGUUUUCUUUGGAUGGACCCAUCUUUUUAUUUAUAUUGCAAUUUAUUUUGGUUCUGUGAAAAUAACACUUCAGAUGAGUUGCUACAUUCGUCCGGUUAGGCGGUCUACCAUAGCUAAAAAUGCUUUAGCCAACUGAAAAAAAAAAACUUGCUGUGACUUUCAAAAAUCAGGAUUUAUCACCAAUGUAACCUCUGUUUUGGCUAACCAGGCACAACCAUAACCAUCUUCGAUUAUGGUCUUCUAAUGAUUUUGUCGGUUUGCAGUGUCAAUGGUUCAGUUUUGAACUUUUCUUCAUGAACAUGCAACAAGAGAUUGUUAUUAUAAUGGUUUAGUCGGUUGGCAGUGUCACUGGUUCAGUUUUGAACUUUUCUUCAUGAACAUGCAACAAGAGAUCGUUACCAUCUCCCUCUCUGAUGUUUUUCCCCAAGAGAGAAAAAUUCGAUUUGUUAAGUUCACUCUAGCUAGUUUCGACUUUCGAAGCCUAAUUAAUACCAACAAGGCCUAGCAAUCGAUAGUAACUAAAAUAUUAGGAUACUAAUUCUUCCUAGCUCUUCAUUUUUUCAUAAGCGCUGACAAAAAUUAAAAUAUUUCAACAAUCUACAAAACCAAUUCAAAUCAGUUAAAAUUGG